AUGGCAACCAUCUUUGGUUUCAACCUUGUCGUUCGAGCUGGACCCAACAGGGCAGAGGUGAAGCCCAUCCCCAUCCAAGUUGCUGCACAUGAAGGUGACAAUGACCAUGGGGAUGACCCAGCUGCAGCCUCACCCCUGCUCUUUGGCCAGUCCACACCAUUGUUGGGAGUGCUGGGGCAUCUGCACCCAGUGGACGACGAGCCGCAUGCACUGUCGUUUGAAGAUGGUGAGGGCACUCGAAAGGUGAAGGGCCGUGGUUCUAUCCAAGCGUUCACACACAUGUCUACCUGGGGUGGCAGCCAAGGGACAGAUGCACACGGUGGCAGUCACGAAGGUGCUGUCACGAGCUGCACAGAUCUUGGAGAGGGCGCCAAUGGGGAGAGCUCAACAAAGGUGAAGGGCCGUGGUGCAGUGCGGGCAUGUGUCUGCACAACAAACUGGCCCAGCAGCAGCGAAAGGGAUGGCAGCCGCGAUUGUGAUUUGGAUGUGGAGGAGAGUGUGAGUGCAGAGGGCGCUGAGGGCCACAGGGGCAGGGAAAAGGGGUCCAGAAAACUGAGCAACCGAGGGGAAGUGCAGGCCUUCAUGAGGCUGGCUGGAUGGGCCUUCAAUUCCAGCAGUCCCGGGAACAGGCAGCCGACAGGCUGUGCCAUUGCAGCUGGUUCAAGACCUGACAACAGUCAGAGUCAUGCCAGGGAAUCUGACAAAUCUGGAGCCAUGGAUGUGACUGUGGGGAAGGAGCUAAAAGCUGGGGAGGCUCUUGUGAGGGGACGGGGCCCCGUCCGGUUCUUGGGCUCUGAAGAGCCUGCGUUGACAAAUGCUUCCCAGUCAGGAAUGGCUGUGGAUCGGCCCAUAGUUGGGAGUGUGGGUGGACCUGAUCCCAACCGCCCACGAGAUGCUGCCCACGGACCAGCGCGCUCAGCAAAGACAGAGUCACGGCUGGCCGACACACAGGACAAUGUGCACUCCAAGUGCUACACUGACCGGUGGCAGCCUUCAGAUACCGUUCUUGAUGGGAAUAGCAGAGGCAGCAGUGGACAAGAAGGGGAGGAGGACUCACCUGGCUUUAGUGGCAGGGAACCUGAGCAUGGGGACCACACACACAGUGUUUUGCAUGUUCAGUCCCACAAGCAGAUUCGCUAUGUGACAACAGCCACAAGUGUUCGUGAUCAAGAGCAUCUGAAUCACAAAGGAACUGGUAGGGAGCUUUCUGGCACAAGUGGCGAAGCUGAUUCUGAAGCUUCUGAUCCCCGUCCACAACCACUCGACCUUUUCCAACAGAUGGUUCCACCAGAACAAGGAGAUGCGGGCUUGACACCCACUGAAAAGGAGGCAAUGGCACUGCAAGCACUUAGAGACAAGUGGAAACUUCUGCGACCAAUCCAGAGGAAGUCAGAUGAUGCCAGAACUGACCAUGAUGCUCAAGGCGUUCAGGACACCAGGAAUGCCGAAGCAGAAAUGGGAAAACUGAACAGACAACGGAUUAUGUGCUGUGGGGAUGGUGACAAAUGCCAAUCAUUGCAACGGACAUCGCACAAAAAGUCGAAGGCUAAAAAGAGGAACAGGGACGUUGAAGUGUCUCACCGGGACAGACCUGACGAGGGCAAGGCCACAUGUCAUCUUGGCAACGGAUUCCAAGACCGAUGGCCCCAGUCUUCCUUGCUGCCAGUUGCUGGUUCAAGGAGGAAAAGAGGCCACUCCUCUGCCAAGGCUGGGACUUCAAGAAUUGGAGAGGAACAUUCGUACGACCAUGGGCAAACUCCCUGCCUAGUUGAAGUAGUAUCAGACCAGGGAAGCCCUCAGUCAUAUUCUCACAACAGUGACAUGGAUGUCACCACUGAGCAGGAACAACCACAAAGGCAGACAAAGCUGAAGAAACGCAAAAGGCAAGCAGGGAAAGUGAGGGAUCGUGGACACAGGCACCAGUACCAGCCAUGCCUUGAGGACGACUGGCAGGGUCGUUGGCUGAUGAGCAGUCCUGACACCCCUGCACAGAAGGCCAAGCGAAGGGUGGCCCCCCCUUUGCAUGAAGACAACAGCUUGUCUGUUAGUCGAACAGAGGACCUGUCUACGAGCCCAGUCGUGGAUCCCUUUGACAGAUGGGACAGUGGUUAG